AGGUUGAGCUGGCGUGGGGCGGUGGUGGUUGGUUGCCUGAGGACGGGUCCCUGCUCGUGCCUGUCAGGGUGGCGGGCGGCAGUGGCGGCUCUCGGGGCUGGGUUGUCAGUCAGGGAGAGGAGGGGGAAGAUGGCUCUCCGGGACCCGUUCUGCUAGGAAGACGGGGGGGCAGGUGGUGCCGCUACUCAGGGGAAAGCAGAGCAGCCGCCGUCGCUGUCGCCGCGAGCCGCACGAGUGGAGGUUCAGCAGGUGGAGCUCCCGCAGCCGCUCUGGUUGAAGGUUUAGAACAGAUGUGGAAAGAUGUUCACUUCAGAGAAAGGGGUUGUGGAGGAGUGGUUGUCAGAGUUUAAGACACUACCAGAAACAUCUUUACCAAAUUAUGCCACAAAUUUGAAAGACAAGAAUUCUUUAGUUUCAUCUAUCUAUAAAGUUAUCCAGGAGCCACAGAGUGAGUUGCUAGAACCUGUCUGUCACCAACUCUUUGAGUUCUAUCGCAGUGGCGAGGAGGAGCUGCUUCGAUUUACACUGCAGUUUCUCCCAGAACUGAUUUGGUGCUACCUUGCAGUCUCAGCCAGCAGAAAUGUGCAUAGCAGCGGAUGCAUUGAAGCUCUUCUUCUAGGAGUUUACAAUUUGGAAAUAGUUGACAAACAAGGACAUAGCAAAGUAUUGAGUUUUACGAUUCCAUCUUUAUCCAAACCAUCUGUGUAUCAUGAACCUUCCAGCAUUGGAUCCAUGGCUCUGACCGAAAGUGCACUGUCCCAGCAUGGUUUGUCAAAAGUUGUGUACAGUGGACCUCAUCCUCAAAGAGAGAUGCUGACAGCACAGAAUAGGUUUGAAGUGUUGACAUUCCUUUUGCUGUGUUACAAUGCUGCCUUAACCUAUAUGCCCAGUGUUUCUCUUCAAUCACUGUGUCAAAUUUGUUCAAGAAUUUGUGUUUGUGGAUAUCCUCGACAACAUGUAAGAAAAUACAAAGGUGUGAAUAACAGGAUACCAGUUUCUUCAGGAUUCAUGGUACAGAUGUUAACAGGGAUUUAUUUUGCCUUUUAUAAUGGAGAAUGGGAUCUUGCUCAAAAAGCACUGGAUGAUAUUAUUUACAGAGCCCAGCUAGAAUUAUAUCCAGAGCCAUUGCUGGUUGCUAAUGCAAUAAAGGCUUCAUUGCCUCAUGGUGCCAUGAAAUCUAACAAGGAAGGUACAAGGUGUAUUCAAGUUGAAAUCACACCAACUUCCUCUAGAAUAUCAAGAAAUGCAGUAACCAGCAUGUCAAUAAGAGGUCAUAGGUGGAAAAGACACGAGCAACCUGACAACAAUAAUGAUACUACUGAAUUGGGCAUCCUUGUCAUUCCUGAGAUUAGUGUCACAAAUGUGGCCGGAGACAGAACCGGGAAUGGGGAAAAAGGCAGAACACUAGGAGAGAUUGAUGCUCAGCAUAUGCAGGGUGUACAGGAAACAGCCACAGAUCCUAGAACUGAGAGCAAAGGCUUGCCAGAGAUCAGGAGGCAAAAGUCUGAAAUGCAGAAUUAACAGGUCAAGAAGAACUGAUGGACAUAUCUGAAGUUGACGAGGGAUUUUAUUCCAGGGCUGCAUCUAGUACCAGCCAGUCAGGUUUAUCAAACAGUAGUCACAAUUGUAGUAACAAGACGAGUGUAGGAAAGAACCAGAGAAGGUCAGGAGGAAGCAAAACGGGAGGAAAAGAAAAAGAAACUGCAGGGGAAUCUUGCAAAGAUCACUUUGCUCGGAAACAAACUCAGAGAGCCCAAAGUGAGAAUCUUGAGCUUCUCUCCUUGAAGAGACUUACAUUAACAACCAGCCAAUCCCUGCCUAAGCCUAGUAGCCAUGGUUUGGCUAAGACCGCAGCAACUGUGUUUAGUAAAUCCUUUGAACAAGUCAGUGGUGUCACAGUCCCACAUAACCCAUCAUCUGCUGUUGGUUGUGGGACUGGGACAGAUGCCAAUAGGUUUUCUGCUUGUAGUCUCCAAGAAGAAAAGCUUAUUUAUGUUUCAGAAAGAACUGAACUUCCAAUGAAGCAUCAAUCAGGCCAGCAGCGACCUCCUAGUAUUAGCAUUACUCUGUCCACAGAUUAAUUUGUAAUAUAUUUUUCUUCAAUAAUCAGUGAGUCUGAAAACAUGACUUUGCUUCUUUAUGAGAGUGCCCCAGGUCUUUCAUCCAUAUUCCUGACAGGAUCCCUGAAGGCUCCCUUGACUUUGCGAAGGGAAUAAUGCCUGGGCUGCAGUAAAUUUGAAUACAGUUUUGUUGUUUUUUGGUUAUGAUUUUUUUCCCCU